AUGGGAAAGAAAGCUAUAGAUUCUAGAAUCCCGGCUCUAAUUAGAAAUGGGGUUCAAGAAAAGCAAAGAAGCUUUUUCUUUAUUGUUGGUGAUAAGGCAAGAAACCAGCUUCCCAAUUUGCAUUAUUUGAUGAUGAGUGCAGACUUGAAGAUGAACAAAUCAGUGUUAUGGGCCUACAAGAAGAAACUGCUAGGAUUCACAUCUCAUAGAAAAAAGAGAGAAGCAAAAAUAAAGAAGGACAUCAAACGUGGCACAAGAGAAGCUAAUGAUAUGGAUCCUUUUGAAGCUUUCAUUUCCAACCAACAGAUCAGAUAUGUUUACUACAAGGAGACAGAUAAAAUUCUCGGAAACACAUACGGAAUGUGUAUUCUUCAAGAUUUUGAAGGCAUUACACCUAAUUUGCUUGCUAGAACAAUUGAAACUGUGGAAGGCGGAGGUAUCGUGGUAAUAUUGCUUAAAUCUAUGUCUUCUUUGAAGCAGUUAUAUACAAUGACGAUGGAUAUCCAUUCUCGUUACAGAACGGAAGCUCACAAUGAUGUUGUAGCUCGAUUCAAUGAACGAUUUUUACUUUCUUUAGGCUCAUGUGCCAAUUGUCUCGUGGUGGAUGACGAAUUGAAUGUUCUCCCCAUUAGUGGGGCUAAGAAUGUUAAAGCUCUACCUCCAAACGAAGAUGAUGAGUUGACUCCUAAAGCGCAAGAGUUGAAGGAUCUUAAGGAAAGUCUUGCCGAUGUGCAACCCGCUGGGUCUUUGGUUGCUCUCUCCAAAACAGUGAAUCAAGCUCAGGCCAUAUUAACUUUCAUAGAUGCCAUUUCUGAAAAAACUUUAAAAAGCACCGUCACUUUAACAGCUGGAAGAGGAAGAGGAAAGUCUGCUGCUUUGGGUGUUGCCAUUGCAGCUGCGAUUUCCCAUGGUUAUACUAACAUUUUUGUUACUUCUCCUUCUCCAGAGAAUCUGAAAACCUUAUUUGAAUUUAUUUUCAAGGGUUUUGAUGCUCUGGGAUACACAGAACACAUGGACUACGACAUUAUCCAAUCAACAAACCCAUCAUUCAACAAGGCCGUAGUUAGAGUUGAUGUUCAUAGAGAACAUCGUCAAACCAUCCAGUACAUUCAACCUUCUGAUAGUCAUGUAUUAGGCCAAGCUGAGUUAUUGAUCAUUGACGAGGCAGCCGCUAUCCCAUUGCCGUUGGUCAAGAGAUUAUUGGGUCCGUAUCUUGUAUUUAUGGCUUCAACCAUCAACGGUUAUGAAGGUACUGGUAGAUCUUUAUCAUUGAAACUAAUUCAACAAUUAAGAGAACAAUCGUCUGGUGUUGGAAGGGAAAACAGUCAGACCGAGAUUGUCUCUAGGGACAACAAAAAAAUUGACUCAGAUUUCCAUGGUAGAACGUUGCGGGAAGUCACUCUAGAUGAACCGAUUAGAUAUGCACCGGGUGACGCUGUUGAAAAAUGGUUGAACAAACUGCUUUGUCUAGAUGUCACCUUAACCAAAAGUGCCAAAUUUGCGACCAAGGGCACCCCACAUCCUUCGCAGUGUAAUUUGUUCUACGUGAACAGAGAUACAUUAUUCUCCUAUCAUCCAGUUUCUGAAGCCUUUUUGCAAAAGAUGAUGGCUCUUUACGUUGCAUCUCACUAUAAAAAUUCACCUAAUGACUUGCAACUGAUGUCAGAUGCCCCUGCUCAUCAGUUAUAUGUCUUACUGCCACCCAUCGACGAACAUGAUAAUAAGAUACCUGACCCACUCUGUGUCGUUCAACUUGCGUUAGAGGGAGAGAUCAGCAAAGAAAGCGUGAAGAACAGCCUUAAUCGUGGUGUAAGAGCUGGCGGAGACCUUAUCCCUUGGUUAGUUUCUCAGCAGUUUCAAGACGAAGAGUUUGCUUCCUUGAGUGGUGCUAGAGUGGUGCGUAUUGCCACUAACCCUGAGUACACUUCAAUGGGAUAUGGAACUCGUGCAUUAGAGCUUCUCAAAGAUUAUUUUGAAGGAAAGUUUGCUGAUAUUAGUGAGAGUUCUUCUUUUGACGACGAAAGUAAGUAUUCUAUAAAGAGAAUUGGUGAUCAUGAAUUAGAGACAGCUUCAUUGAAAGAUGAAAUCAAAUCAAGAGAUGCAAAAAGUUUACCCCCAUUGCUGCUAAAAUUGUCAGAGAAGCCUCCUUAUUUCCUGCACUAUUUGGGGGUUUCCUAUGGAUUAACAAACUCUCUACACAAAUUUUGGAAGAAUGCUGGCUUUAAGCCCGUUUACCUUAGACAGACAGCAAACGAUUUGACCGGCGAGCAUACUUGUGUCAUGUUGAAGACUCUGGAAAACAGAGAAUCCAAAUGGCUGGACGAAUUCACAGCAGACUUUCAUAAAAGAUUUAUCAACUUGCUGUCUUAUAAUUUCAGCAAGUUUACUGCUGUGGAGGCGUUGAAUAUAAUAGAAAGCACCAAAUCUAACUACAGAAAGCAAAUACUCGGCAACUCUGAGCUAAAUCAGUAUCUAACACCAUUUGAUUUGAAAAGACUGGAAUCUUACGCCAACAACUUAGUAGAUUAUCAUGUGAUUGUGGAUUUGUUGCCGUAUAUUUCGCAGUUAUUCUUCCAGCACAAGAUUGAGGGUGUCAAGCUGUCAUCAGUGCAAAGUGCAAUCCUUUUAGCUAUUGGAUUGCAGCACAAAGACAUUGAUGAAAUUUCUAGAGAACUGAACUUGCCAUCCAAUCAGUCUUUAGCCAUGUUUGCAAAGAUUGUACGUAAAGUGUCGACAUACUUCAGGGAACUGCUGGCAAAGACGAUAGAGGACCAAAUGCCAGAGUUCGAGGAUGAAGCUGUGGGUGAUAUGAAUGGAGAAAAUGAAUACGGCAAAGGAGUUGAGGCCAUUGAGAGAGAGUUAGAGAUCGAUUUGGACGACGCAGGCGACGAGGCAAUGAAGGAGCUUAGAGAAAAACAGAAGGAAUUGAUCAACUCAUUGGAAUUGAAUAAGUAUGCCAUUGACAGUGGUGUUCAUUGGACUUCCGAUAAGAAGGCUAUCGAAAAAGCAGUUGAAGGACGCGGUGUUGUAAGCUUGCAAAACGACAACAAGAAAAGAAAGAAGGAAAACGCAAAUCAAAUUUUUGAAGAGGAAAUGAGCCAGCUAACAAAAGGGUCUUCCAAGGGUGCCUCAAAACCUCCUUCGAAAGGCUUUAAUAAGAAAAGGAAGAGCAACUUUAAGAAGUAG